UAGGCACUGGCGAGGGAUGCCGGGCGCAAGGUGCAGGGCGCGGGCCACUCUCUUUCCACGUCCCCCCACCUCGCCAAAGUUUUUCCACGAUGGUCCCUAUCCCAGCUGGGUCAGCCCCUUAGCCCUCGCCUGCUUCUUGUCUCCUCUUUCCUCCCCCAGCCGCGGAGCUCCCGGGGUGCAUCAACUCCCCCUCCUUGCCCCCCCGGGGCCGUGUAGGCGCAGAGCCCCAGCCGGCCUGCCUUGCAUCCGAAGAAAGUUGUGGCUUGGAGCUUGGAAAGCCUCCGAGAAAGGAGGCUUCUCGGACCCCUGGGGGUGUCCUUACUUCUUUUCGAGCCCACGAUGGGAAGGUGCUCCCACCCCAUCCCCGGGGUCUCUGAGACUUCCUGGCGAGGUGGGGCAGCGUGGCAGGUGCAGGGUUCCGGAGGCCCUGACAGACCCGGAGAGUGCCCGACCCCAAUCCGCCGCCGUCUUCUAGGCAGAUUUCCCCGAGGCGGGUCCUAGUCCCGGCUCGGGGAGACGGCGAGCUUCAGAAGGGCACAGGGUGAGCGGGGGCCCUUGGCCUCCGGGCACUUCCCCUUUGCGGUCUCCCCGCCCUCCUUCGGAGCUGGUGCCUGAGGUCGCUGGGGACCUCAGCCUGGCGUCUUCUCUCGCCCCAAGUGAGGCAGGUGCCGUGGGCGGCCCCGGCUACUUCUGCAUUUCCAGCGCUUACUUUACAUUCAGCUCUAAGUCGGAGAGUUCUGGGGACAGCCGAGAGUGCCAGUGGCCUCACUGGGAGACUGAGGGUUCUGUUUCACCUCUGGGGCGCUGCGUGGGUCCGGGCUGUCCACAGCCCCUCUGCGCCUCAGUGACAGGAGAAGCCGAGCACGAGGCCUCUGAUCACUGCGUGCACUCUAUUUCCCAGGCCUCUCCUUCCGAUGAAAAGAGAAAGGAAGAAUGGACUACAGUCACCAAACGUCCCUAGUCCCGUGUGGACAAGAUAAAUACAUUUCCAAAAAUGAACUUCUCUUGCAUCUGAAGACCUACAACUUGUACUAUGAAGGCCAGAAUUUACAGCUCCGGCACCGGGAGGAAGAAGACGAGUUCAUCGUGGAGGGACUCCUGAACAUCUCCUGGGGCUUGCGCCGCCCCAUUCGCCUGCAGAUGCAGGAUGACAACGAACGCAUUCGGCCCCCUCCGUCCUCCUCUUCCUGGCACUCCGGCUGUAACCUGGGGGCUCAGGGAACCACCCUGAAGUCCCUGACUGUGCCCAAUGUUCAGAUCUCAGAGGUGGAUGCACCGCCGGAGGGUGACCAGAUGCCAGGCCCCACAGGUACAGACACCAGGGGCCUGAAGCCCCUGCAGGAGGACACCCCACAGCUGAUGCGCACACGCAGUGAUGUUGGGGUGCGUCGCCGUGGCAAUGUGAGGACGCCUAGUGACCAGCGGCGAAUCAGACGCCACCGCUUCUCCAUCAAUGGCCAUUUCUACAACCAUAAGACGUCCGUGUUCACACCAGCCUAUGGCUCUGUCACCAACGUCCGCAUCAACAGCACCAUGACCACCCCACAGGUCCUGAAGCUGCUGCUCAACAAAUUUAAGAUUGAGAAUUCAGCAGAGGAGUUUGCCUUGUACGUGGUGCAUACGAGUGGUGAGAAACAGAAGCUGAAGGCCACCGAUUACCCGCUGAUUGCCCGAAUCCUCCAGGGCCCAUGUGAGCAGGUCUCCAAAGUGUUCCUAAUGGAGAAGGACCAGGUGGAGGAAGUCACCUAUGAUGUGGCCCAGUAUAUAAAGUUCGAGAUGCCGGUACUUAAAAGCUUCAUUCAGAAGCUCCAGGAGGAAGAAGAUCGGGAAGUAAAGAAGCUGAUGCGCAAGUACACCGUGCUCCGGUUAAUGAUUCGGCAGAGGCUGGAGGAGAUAGCCGAGACCCCAGCAACCAUCUGAGCCACGAGAACGAGGGGAUCCGGGUACCCCAGGAGCCGCCAUUGCCAUAAAACCCCCAGGAAGCUGGGCACUUUCUUUCCAUGGAAACAUUUAGACACAAACCUCCCCAGCUCCGGCCAAGCCAUCAUUUGUUACCUGGAGCUGGAUGUAGAAGUCAGCAGACAGCUCCCCAUCCCUGCACCCCUGCCCUCCUUUCUUCCACUCACAAGGACUUUUGAUUUUAGUUAUAAGGAGGACCCAAAAUGUGUGUGUGUACAUGUGUGCGCACGCAUGGUACGUGUCCACAUGCCUACCUGAUACUUUCACACGUAAUUAAAUUCCAGGCAACCAGCACAAGAGCCUGAGCCUGGCGAAUGUGCAGCUCGUGGGCAGGGAAAUCAGAGGAACCACUAAGCUGAGUGGUAUUUAGGUUGAAGGAAAGAUUUCUCCUCUCAAGUGCCAGGGAGCAGCCACGUGUCUGCCUGUGUUUAGAAAGGGAAGAGGGUUCUCCAGGUUCACCAUUUGGGUUGUUUAUAUGUUGGUAGAAACUCUCCCUGUAUGCCUAGAAGGAUCAGUGAAUGUGAGAGCCUUGGAAAUUAACAAAAUAACAGCCACAUAACUUGCAGCAAGUCUGAUGGAAAGAAAAAGAUAAACCAUCCAUAGGGUA